CAUUUUCAGGUCACCAAAGGGGUGCACUACAGAUAAGCUGUGUGAAUAUGUGGUCGAUUUGAGAAGACAGUUAGCAAGCAAAGGUACCAUUGCCACUCAUGUGUACGGUACAGCACAUACAUUAUCAGAGUUCUGUAUAAUGUUAACCAAUUAUGUGAUGUACUUCCUACUAAAUUAACAAUCAAGUUGGUUAAGAAGAGACAUCCAGAAACAUAGCCUAAAGAAGUGCAAGAUAGAAAAAGAAACCACAUUACCUCUCAGUUGCAAUGAGAUUCCUUCUGUUUCCUCUUACCUAGAUAUAUAUAGAGACAGAAGCGAAAGAAUAGUCAUCAAACAAAGACUUGCAAUCAAGUUAUUUGCCUUAGCCCAACCAAAACAAUUAUGGCUUCUUCUCCAUUUUCCAAAUCCGCAUACCAUGCUCGUUCUAUCAGUUUGCCAUCAAGACCACAACAAGUUGACAAUCAACUUCAUCAACAGUUGUGCAGAUUGAGGUCUUCUCAAGCUACCUCUACAUCUUCAUCUUCAUCACUAAGCUACAGACUUACCAGCCUUAAAGAUUUGUAUAGCUCUGUUGUGGAGUUGCUUCAGAUGCCUUCUAACCAACAGACCCUUUCCCAAAUUCAGCAGACGAAAUGGGUUGAGGAGCUUUUGGAUGGAUCUCUAAGGCUUCUCGACAUUUGUGGGACAUCUAGGGAUGUCUUGCUACAAUCAAAGGAAAGAAUCCAAGACAUGCAAUCAACACUACGCAGAAGGAGCAGUGGUGAAUUGGAUAUUUCCAAUGAAAUUGUCAAAUACUUGAACACCAGAAAGACUGCUAAGAAAACGAUCAUGAAGUGCUUAAAACAUAUCAAAGUAGCUGACAAGAAUGCCCAUUCCAAUGCCAUUGAGUGUAUUUUGAAGGAUGUAGAAGAGAUAACAGUCAUCAUAUUUAAGUCAUUGUUGUCCCAUAUUGCUGGUGUAAAGUUGCAAUCACAGAAAAAUAGUUGGUCUGUAAUUGCCCAAUUACUUCACCAUAGUGCUGAUAAGGAAGGAGCAUCAAGUAGCAGCAUAUUUGAUACUGUUGAUGCUACUUUGGUCUCACUAAUCUGCCAGAAAAAGAAAAACAGUGCCAAUGUGUCACAAUUAGAAGAAGUCAGGAGACAGAUGUCGAGAUUGGAGUCUGAAAUUCAAGAUCUUGAUGAAGUUCUAGAGUGCUUGUUUAAACGUCUAUUGAAGACUAGAUCAGCUCUUCUCAACAUCUUUAGCAGCUAGAAAAAUUUUGUAGAAAACUCCAAUGCAUAAAUGAAUAAAUAGCAAUUUU